ACGCAGCCAGACUGCGGACCGUCAGCAUUCAGGUCCAAGUUUUCGCGCCGAGCUUCGACCGCGCAACGUGCACACCACGCUGCCACCCGACACGAGGCACACCACCACCGAGGAUCGUCGAGGGUCCGACACAGGCAGUAACGAGCCCACCAUCGAUCGAUCCUCUUCGAUCAUAUCGCUCCGUAUCCGCUAAGAGGACGCGACCAUCUCGACCAACAGUGUUUCCGAAGGGAUUCGUAGACAAUUUCAUUCAGAGGACGAACACGGCCGACCUGGUCCAGUGGGACGUCUGGUGAAGAAGGUGGUGUCCAGCAGGAAGAAGCUCGCAAGUGGAGGAAGUUUGUGAUACGUCGGUGAUCAGCCAGUGUGUGCUGCGAGAGUGAUCAGGGAAUCAGAGCGUAGAGGUGCGUGCGCCGACUCGUUCAGUCGGCACGUGGACGCGGACACACGCACUUGUACACUUGACUGUUACUCUGUUCUGUGGACACUUUCUACGGUGAAAUUAUCGGACACGGUGAUUCAGUGGAAUAAGUGAGAGAAUCGUAUAACCUCUACGCGAUUAUAUUGCUUGUUGUGUUUCGGAGCAACAGUCGUCCUACGGCGAAGAUUAGAAAAACUUGUAUAGGCUGGGUUUGCCGGCGUACCGUCGAGAUAACAAAACAAGUCGCGGGACGUUGUUGGAAGACUGUCGAAUAUACGUUAUCAGAAGGGCCACGUGCGGGAGGCAAUUAAACGCGGCAGGUGCUACGGACAGGUGGUGGCCGAGUUAAUUGCACGGCAAUAAGCGUAGACAUUCUGCGAAAGAUUGAUCAACGUUCAACGGUGCCGGAACAAGCGUGUUGCGCGUGUGUGUUCGCAUGUAACGAAUUGGCAUCGCGAGUCGAGUGAUGCAUCGAGCGACGAUACAAGGACUCUAAUAAACUCCUAAUUAUCCUGCCGGAUAAUUACGACACGUGACCGCCGCCGACGCGAAGUGGUGUUUUUUUUACAGCGUGGAAUCGAGCGAUAAGCACGGACAGCGAGCUCAUCGUUGACAAAUAGAAUAAUUAAAAUCGCAUUAAAACAACGUUGCACGUUAGAGUCGCGUUAUCUCGAAGGUGACCCGUGUGUACAUAGAAACGCUGGCAUUUCAGUGGAACACUUUUUUUUUUUUCUUUCAUUCUUCAACAACGGUGCUCAUCGGACAGAGUUUUGUCGUUCUCUUCCGGGUGCCGUCAGACGAGAACGAUCGAAGAAUCGAGUGACGUUAUUAUCAGGUCUCGAGCAAUUAACAGUUUGCUGCUUAAUCGCUCCUAAUUACUCGCAAUUACCCGGCGUAAUUAUGUAGGCUGAUGUCACCAGCGGUCGAUGUAUUUGUGAAUCGUCUGUCCGUCGACGUCGGUCCACCGUCACCAUCCGGUCUGUUCCGUGUCGUCGUAACCAGUUGCUGGAAAAUUACCUGGUGAUCGUGGAAAAGAAAGGAGGUGAAACACGGGAAAGUGCUGGCACUUGAAAAGGGACGAAACGCGAUCGAAUAGUUCGCUGGCAAGCGAGAACUGUCGAGAACAGACUGUUCGGUGACACCGAGAACACGAGUUUCGGUUCGAUCGAACAGCUAGUGGCAUCGAGCUGAAUAAAUAAACGGCAGUCGAGUCAACCUACGUCAGGACGACGUCCCACGUACAUCAGCUGCAGGUCGCUUCAGAUUACGAGUCCCCGGGAUGCAAGGCUGACAUGGCGGAGGGUUCGGCCGAGGAGGAACAGAGCAGUACCGCUGCACCCGCUUCCCCGCCAGCUGAUCUUCGCACUCUGAACACCCAAUUGUCGCCGCCUUAUCACCACCAGCCCCAUCUCCAACCUCGUCUUCAGCAUCUGCAGCAUCCCAACAUGUUGGCGACCGCCGUACCGCCCAGGCACAGCCACAGCAUGCUGUCUCAUCAGGUGAACACGGAAGCCGAGUUGGACGCGCCCUGCGACGUGCCAUUGAAUUUGAAGAGCGAGCGUUGGUGGGCGGAUUUACGAACACGGCCGGCACCAGCAUCAUCCACCGACAGCGACAGGAGUAGCGCCGGUAGUCCUGAACCUGCUGCCACUACCGGAAGCUCGCUUCACGAGCAUCAGAUGAUGAUGGACGACAUGAAGAAUUCGCGAAAGGGACGAUGUAGUCCGUCACCUGAAAAUCUACACCACGCGAAACGGGCGGCUGUCGCGCAGGCACAUCUCAACGGCACAAGUGAGUCAAUCAUGGCCGGCAUGGUGACCCUGCAAAAUCUUCAGAAUCUGGCGAAUCUGCAGAACCUGCCACAGGUGGCAUCCCUGGCUGCAGGUCUCCAGGGAAUGACAGCAGGAUUGACUAACAAUCAGCUCAUCAACACGCCCCUGAAUCUCACUGUCAGCUCUUCUGGCGGUACCGUACCAACAGCCUCGAGUACGACAGCUGCACCUCAUCUUCUGCCACCGAGUUCGGCGCCAAUGGCGACAUUACCUCAACUAUUAUCUCAACCACAAUCGGUCGCGAUGCCUCAAUUCAUCCUAACGUCCGGUCAAUUGGUUCAAGGCAUUCAAGGGGCUCAGCUUCUUAUCCCCACGUCGCAAGGAAUCGCCACACAGACCAUCCUCACCAUCCCCGUCAGCCAUGUAACGAAUAAUCAGAUGGUGAACCUGGCGCUCAGUAAUGGUCAGGUGGUGUCCACCACCCUGGCGAAUCUUCAGUCAAUCGCUCAGCCUCAGAACAUGCUGAAUACACCGACCAGUAAUGGCGAUUUUACAGUUCCAACAAGUCCUAGUUUAGCAUCGGGUCUAGGGUUAAAUCCAGCCGCUUUGCCUCAUCUUUUGAGCAACAGCUCGGCCAGCCAGCAACUUUUGAACGCGAUGCAACCACAGCAACUGCUUCAAGCUGCGCAGGCUGCUCAGGCGCAGGCGGCACAAGCGGUACAGGCUGCUCAGGCUUCUCAGCAACCACUUCUGACGACGUCGCCGCAGCAACACGGCCAUCGACACGGCUCUCACAUGAAUCACUACACGCCGACGGAGAAGCAUCACAGAGAGAGGCCAGAGCAAUCGUCGCCUUUGAACGAGUCCGUGGUAUCCGCAGCAUCGGCCCUGAACAGACUGGCGGCCAGCAACGGGGAAAUCACUAUCACGACCACGCAUGGACACAGUGGUGUCGGUGUGAAAGCGUCCCCCAGUAGCAUGCACAGUUCGAAAGAAGAGGAGGAUGAUCUGAACGAUUCGCCCAAUCAGCCGACAAUUAACGAGGCCACGAACAACGUAGUUGACGGGAUCAAUCUGGAGGAGAUCAAAGAGUUCGCGAAGGUGUUCAAACUCCGUAGAUUAUCCCUGGGUCUGACGCAAACCCAGGUCGGACAGGCCCUGAGCGUGACAGAGGGGCCAGCUUACAGCCAAAGUGCCAUAUGCAGUGCCCUGGCUACCCAGAUGUACGCUGCCACGCAGAUUGCCUCUCAGCAGCACGCUACAUUCGAAAAGUUGGACAUCACGCCAAAGAGCGCGCAAAAGAUAAAGCCGGUCCUCGAAAGGUGGAUGAAAGAGGCUGAAGAGAGUGUGUCUGCUUACAGGUACAAAAGCGGGGUGAAUCAUCUGACGGAUUUCAUCGGCGUUGAACCCAGCAAAAAACGAAAGCGACGAACCUCGUUCACACCGCAAGCUUUGGAAUUACUGAACGCUCAUUUCGACAGGAACACUCAUCCAAAUGGUAACGAAAUAACGAACAUAGCUCAGCGUCUCGGAUACGACAGAGAGGUGAUAAGGAUUUGGUUCUGCAACAAAAGGCAGUCCCUGAAGAACACGCUGAGGUCGUUAUCGAAGAGCGUGGCGUAAGAGGCACAGUGAUUGAAAAAGAUUUAUCGAUCACGAAACCAGUGAACAAGAAUAAAAGCUUUAAGGACUCGAAUUUACGCAACAGCUCCACGAGAGACAUUCAUCGAUGGAAUUUAUAGUGUCGCGUUAAUAGAAACAAAUACUCGCGUUUGGUAGGAGCUGCUUGAAAAUUCGCGCCAUUCCCAGCGGUCGGAGGGCGAGAAUUUUUGAAACGCCGCUACCCUCGAUCGAUGUAAAGAUCGUUUGUGAUCGCAAGCGUAUACGAGACCUAUUUGUAAAUAGUUUUAACCUUAUGUGACUAAUGUGAUGUACAGGAGUCGAGCGUUAAGAUAAUCGCGCUGUUUACCGUCUUCGUUUCAUAGGAACUGAUUGAAAAUCGGACAAUUUAUCGACGGUAGUACACGACGGUUUCGUUCGUCGUCAACGACGAAUAGCUGCAUCAUCGACAGACGGUCCAACAGUAUUACGAGUCUACGGUAAAGAAGAUCCAGCGGGCUUUUUAAACUACCGAAGCGCAGUUAGACCCGUUAAUCAAAGGACGAUUAUCAACGUGUCGACUCGUCAAAUUAGGAUAAGUAAAUUCCGCAAGUAAUCGCACAGAUAAACGCUAACUCGUGAAACGAUCAUUAAAGUUUCCAGUUAAAUGAGGAUCGUCCGUCUGUGGAACCAACCGGACGAAGCACAAAACGAGGAAUCGUACGACAAAUACGUACGUGACCGAACCUGGAACAUAGAAGGAUCGAGGAAUAGACGUUCCAGUCUAUUUCGCACACAGAAAAGAAGAACAUAGUUGAAGCAACGAGAGCAAUCAACCACAACAGCAACAGUACCGUUCACAAUACCGUUCACACAGGGAUACGAGUUCAUUUGUCCAUGAAAUAGCAACGGAGAUGUUUUACAGUAACGCCGCCUAUCGUUUAUAACGGAUCAUCACACAAGAUUUUUCAUUUCGUUUUCUACCGGAGGAACACAACGACAACAAACCACUUCAUCGCAGGCUUCGUUCGAGAUCAAAUGUUUCAACCAUAUUGUUCUCUGGGUGUGCGCUCGUCUGUAUGUUACGCGUGUAUUGACUUUUCGAUGGGGGGAAAGAAGAAGAAAUCUGUAGCGAGUUUAAAAAGAAAAAAUUAACGCAAUAACGUGUUCGAAAGUAUAAUUAAUCCUCCUGAUGCCGAAAAUUCUAUUCGAACCAGAUGGAUAUAAAAAAGAAAGCUACUCCAAUAGGUGGUUUCAGGUCAUACCGAGGAGUAACAUGGAAAAAGUAAAAAAAUAAAAAAAAUCACUAGUCCGUAAUAGUCUGCCAUAUACGAGGUAUACGUAUUAAACGUUUACGCAUCUUUCGUUCCUAAAUGUUCGAUCUUGCUUAGCCCGCUGACGAUAGAUUGGAUGCGUUCCGUUUCCGCGUUCAUGGUAAUUUGCAAUCGAUGUACAGUUGGGGGCAACGGAGGCUUCUUUCGGUUAAGGGGAGAAGUGGAGGAGCGGAGGUUCUCGACAUUUGCUUUCAUAGGUAAAAAAAUAAGGCAAAUGAUGGAUCAUUCUUUCCCUGCACUUACCCUUAACAAAAGGAAGUUUAAGUUACACGAAAUUGUACAGUACCUAGCAUGAUAGACUUUCCUAGGUAGCGCCAUCACUCGGAAAAAUUUUGUUACUUGUCGAGUACAAAAAUGUCCCAAAUCAACUAGGCAUAAUGCAUUCUAACUCUCGAGUAUUACAGUUAUAAGAUCUUCUCCAAAAUUGCCAUUUUCCUUAGGGAAGCCUACCUUGCUCGCUGCUGUACUUAUACGGGAAAGUAAAUGUCUCUUACCUUUUGGAUCAAAAGGAAAUUGAACGUCACAAGGCAAUUGGUCGUUUCUAUAAGGGAUAACAAACACGAUUUCCGGUUUAUACUGUUUACACUAAUGAACAGCAAAUAUACUAUUUCGACUGCAAAUUAUAUAGUACGGAAGAUAAUUCCGCUAGGUCGGUGAUUUUAGGGGGAAAACGCGAGGAAACGGAACGGACAGAGACAGGUUCCAAUUUCCACGGACGAAUCUCCAUAUUUACGCAUCCAGAGGAACGGUUCGUUGGUAAAGGAAAGCUGAUUAAAUAAAUAAAAAUUAUAAUACGAUAACAAGAAGCUUAAAAUAUCGACCAUCCCACAAGGAUAUAUCUCUCAUGUAUUCCCGGUUAAUCGAUAGUGAAUAAUAGAGUUUCUUUGAAUGUGUUCCGCUUCCAGCGAACAAACUCUUACUUUCGUCUGUCCUAAAUGAAAGGCAGGAUCGGUCGUUUAUCGAUCGAUCGAAACACACACCUUCUAUCGACAUUUUUCCUUCCUUGCGUAAUAAACGAUACUGUAGGCGACACCCAUCCCAUUAAAUGGUACGACACGAUUUCUUAAUAUCUCAAGCUCGAGUAUAAUUAACGAAACACAGUAUGAUUGGAGCAGCGAAAGAGGGACAGACAUCAUAUACACUUACACGUUCAUACAUAUACACACACAUGUACUUCGAUAACCCAGACCGUUUAUAAUUGGCUAUACAGGCUGACAGGAUAGUAAGUUUCCAAACUUUGAUAUCGUAAGUUAAUUCAUCUAAUCAUCAUCUUAACACUUUAAUGACCACUUUCAUGUAUUCGUAAUUUUUAUAUUUGAUUUUUCACCUUGUUUUUAUCUACUCUGUGUAAGAUUAAUUGCGCUUUGAAAAUUCAUAAAAAUCUACACGUUUUGCACCCUUAGGAUUAAAAUACAUUACCAAAAUUUGACCCCCUACUUUCCUGCCGACCUGUAUACAGUAUAGCCGUUAUACAAUUAUUAUAACCACGAGAUCCUUUAAGGGGGAGGGUAGCUAGGAGCGUGUGUACAUAUUAAGGCGACACCUAGGGACUGUAACAUUGUAAGAGUCUAACACUUUUUAAAUCGUACAUAGCUAUAAAAUAGCUGGAACGACGUGGAUGAUUCACAGUAAAGGAAUCAAUUAAAGUCGGAGUGAAAAAAAUGACAGGGAUAAGGGUGACAAGGAAGCGGAUAUAAAUUUCUAAGGGUAAACGAGUACGUUAAGGCAUUCUACUGUUUAAGGUACGAUUUAAAUCUGAUCUGUUCCUAAAGUAAACACGGAAAGGGAGACACGAAGGAAAGCAGAUGUUUUUUCUGAAAAAAUAAAGGAAUGACAUGGAUACGGUGUAUUAUAAAACGAUGGAAUGGUAUACGAUUGAAGGGGUUGGAUCGAAGGGUAAGUUGUUUCAAAAUUCAAAAUUUUGAUCUUUCGAGGGUGGGUUCGUGUUAGAUUUUUUAAUAGAAGGUGAAACGAUGAAAGAGAUGCAAAAAAGUGUUUGUACAGAGAUAUUCCGGUUAUUAAAUUUUGUUAUAAAAGAAGGGGGAGAAUGGCGCGAUGGAUGUUGAGAGAAUAAAUAAAAUUGAAGUGAGAGGGAGAGAGAGUGUGAUUUAUGAAUCAUGUGUAUUUUCUUCGUGGAAAAAUUGAUAUUCAAUAGAUGAUUACGGAAAUAUAAGAAAAACAAAAAACAAAUAACAUGAGUAUUAAAAGAAACACACACAAAAAAAAGUACAUACGUGAAUUGUAUUCGUGAGUGUCAUAUUUCUAAGGAAGAUAGAUCCACGGGCGAAUGUUUUAUAGCAGUUUCCGGUCGAAUUACGAGUCCGGACAGAUUAUAAAUCGCGAACAAUACGUCAGGCUAAUAAUACAAAGUGUAAUUUAACAAAGAAUGAUACGAUAUAGAGACACAAAAGUUUGAAUGGAAAAAACGAGAAAAAAAAAAAAA